AUGAAUCUGAAUACCCUUUUCUGUGCUACUGCCGCUGCCGAAGCUGUACCAAGUGGAGUGCGGGUGCUUUUGACCAACCUCCCAAAGAAGAAGAACGUUGAAAGAGAUUUGAGGUCAGCUUUCAAGGAAUUCCGCGGAAUCGUUGAUAUCGUUCCUGCUGUUUCUGGGAACAAGAAGACAAAGGACCCUGUUUGCAAAGGGUUUGCUUAUGUUGAUUUUAAGUCCGAGGUGGAUGCAACCAGGUUUGUGCAACAGUUCUGUGGAGAGAGCAUAGCGUUUGGUAAGAUUCAGAAGCAGAUAAAAUGCAGGAUUCAAAACUCGGGCUCAAGCACUACAUCUGGUGAUGAAUUGACCGACAUGGAUGUGGAUGGUGCGGCCUAUGAAGAUGAAAAGUUUGAUGAAGAAGAAGAAGAUGAUAAUAACAAUGAGAUCUCAGAAACACUAAAGGCAAGUGCAAUAGAGAGCAUGAAAUCUCUCAGCGUAUCAGAGUUGAAUAUUACUGAAAACAAGAAAAACUCAUGA